ACCGGCCGGGACCGGUCAGGAGCGGUCAGGAUGAACUGGCUGUUCCCGCUGUCCAAGGGCAGCGGCUCCGCGGCGGCGGGCGCGCCRCUGCCCCCGCUCACGAGCCUGCAGCAGCAGAAGCAGCGGCAGAUCGAAAGUGUUUCGUCUUUGUUUGACAGCAUUGCAGAAAUUCAAAAAGAUGUGGAGUAUCGGCUGCCGUUUACUGUGAACAACGUGACAAUUAAUAUUAAUAUAUUACUACCACCUCAGUUUCCUCAGGAAAAACCAGUCAUCAGUGUGUUCCCACCUGUGAGACAUCAUUUGAUGGACAAGCAGGGUGUAUAUGUGACCUCUCCACUAAUAAGUAAUUUUACAAUGCACUCGGACCUUGGAAAAAUUAUUCAAAGUAUAUUGGAUGAGUUCUGGAAGAAUCCACCAGUUCUGGUUUCUAGUUCAACAUCGUUUCCAUACCUUUAUAGCAAACCCCCUGGAAUGCCUCCGUACGCCCCUCAGGCGUUUCCGUUCCUCCCUCCGUAUCCACCCCAAGAAGCAAGCCGACCUCUAGCCCCCGUGCCAGUCCCUGAGCCAAUUCGUCCCAGUUAUGCUGCGGAGAAGCCCGCUGCUCCCUCCUACGGCUUGAUUGAGGAUCUGCCCCUGCCUGUGCCCACGGCCGAGGCCGCGCUGCAGGUUGGCCAGAAUGGAUUUACUUACAAGAUGCCUGAUGUUCCUGAUACGUUUCCAGAACUCUCAGAGCUAAGUAUAUCACAGCUGACCAAUAUGAAUGAGCAAGAGGAAGUUUUACUGGAACAGUUUGUGAAUCUGCCACAGCUGAAGCAAGUCAUUACAGACAGAGAUGAAUUAGUGACAAGUAUUGAAGAGCUGGCGAAAAAAAAUUUGUUGUUGGAGCCUAGCUUAGAGGCGAAAAGACAGACAGUGUUGGAUAAAUAUGAGCAACUCACACAGAUGAAAGCAGCCUUUGAGAAAAAGAUGCAAAGACAGCAUGAACUCAGUGAGAGUUGCAGUCCAAGUGCUCUGCAAGCCAGACUGAAAGUAGCUGCUCAUGAAGCUGAAGAGGAAUCUGACACAAUUGCAGAAGACUUUUUGGAAGGCAAAACAGAAAUCGAUGACUUUCUCAGUAGUUUCAUGGAAAAGAGAACACUCUGCCACUGUAGAAGAGCCAAAGAGGAAAAACUUCAACAGGCAAUAGCAAUGCACAGCCAAUUUCAUGCGCCGCUAUAGAAUUCCUGCAAACUAGACCCACCAAGAGAAGAGAGAACAAACCCAAUAAAGCACACUUUAUAAUACCUUUUAUUUGCAAAUAAGCAUUUCAUGUGUGGUUGUAUUUCUAGAAGAGAUUGUAUACAGAACUGGGACUGUUUUUGUACAAAUUGGAAUGUCUCUUUAUAUUCUCAUUGUACUCAAGAAAUCCUUCUAUUGCAAUCUUUGCACUAAUUUCUUGUAUUUAUUGUUGAUAGUUCUUAUUAUACUUGAGUUUCUGCUGCUAUACUCCAUUCUUCAGAGAUUAAAUAUCAAAACAUGCAAUUUUGACUAGCUUUUUACAUUUUUAUAAAAACAUGAUUCAUAUCUUUUGUAUUCCUAACUCUACACAUAGGUUGGAUCUAUGAAAGUUUGAUGUGGGAAUAGGGCUUUGGAAAUUGAGGUUAAUUAUUUGAGAUUGACAGUGAAUUCAUAGRCUGUUUUCUUCUUUCUUGAGGCCAAAAAUGUUCAGCAACACUAUUUUUUUUUGAAGUACUAAUACAAAACUGAAUAUAGACUGUAUUGUGGUUUUGGAUAAGUAGAUUUGAGCUAAGCAAAGUAUGUUUUGGAACAAAUUAUAUUGGUAUCAAUCAAAUAAAUGAUCUCUAGAUUUAAUAUGUUACUCAGCACUAAUGGAAUCUUGAUUUCAGGUGUGGCAUGGUACCUACCACUGUAAUUAAAUACAACUUUCACUUAGCAAUUUCAUUUUCAUACUYGGUUUUCCUUGGAAAGACAAAAUUCAAAUUGCUUCAUAGUUUUGAUAACUCAUACAAUGUGAAUACAUGGAUCCUGUGAGGAACUUGAAAGCACUUUAUAGGAACUUAAUUCUGAAGUUUUGUGAAGUAGCAGUUAUUUUCUAUUUUUUAUUUGAUUUUUAAUGAACAAAAAGUGUUUUAUCUAGGGUUACAGUGUGUCAAGGCCAGAGAUGAAAAUCUGGAGCAGUGAGUCUUAAUCCUGUCCUUUUCUCAGGAUAUUUUUUUGGAUGGGAGAGGCAUCAGGUAAGGAUGGAUAGUGUAGCCAAGGACCAGGUCUAGUGCUCUGUAGGAGAAAAGUACAACCUCUGAACACGUGUUAUCUCUUGCUGUGAAAAGACACAUUCUUAUUUGUCUUUUCAGUGAAUUAAGUUUUCAUGUGGAAAGUUAUGGUUCCAAAAGAAAAUCUCGUUGUACAAUUGGACAGAAAUAAGGUAAAAAUGUGCAGAAAUUAAGUAAUCUAUUAGGAAUCCUGAUGUUAUAGGCCUGUAGCCAAGAUGUUAUGACUGCAGUAUCUAGAGUCACAGGUCACUGCAAAUUCAAGUCUCAGCCUAAAGCAGGUCAGACCGGGACUGUGUUUUCUGUAUUGGUAAUCUUCUGGAUAGUCCUGAAGUCAAUGCUCUAAUAGUCUUUGCUUCUAGCAAAGUGGAAUAGUGUUGUUCUUUUCCAAACGGAGAUAAGUGAGUAAACUUGGAGGUACAAAGGACAUGUAAGCACAGACAGCCUAAUCUACAAAUGAGAAAAUUUUCAAAUAGGGUUUCAGGUUGUGCCCUGUYAUAUUACAGUAUUGUGGUCAUCUGUCCUAAGGUACCACUUUCCAGGGUGAGAAAAUAUAUUUUUUUGUACUUUGAGGCUUUUAUUUGUGGAUUGUUCCUUUAUUUUUGGUUAAACAUACCCAAUAUUUGCCAUUAAAUAUCCCAGGCAGAUAGAACUUGCUAAAUCAAAUCGAAAGAGAUGUGCUUAGGUGCUUGAAGCUUUUAAGUACUACUGGAUAAGAAAUGGUUUGAAGAAUAUCUCCUUUCACAAAGAAAAAGGUUUGAGGUUGCAUGACAGCCUGUUUCUUGACCUUACACUUCUGCUAACAUGGUAACUAAAGUCAUAAUUCAAAAUGAGACCCUCUAAAAGGUUUUCUGGGUGGUCUGAGUAUCUCUGCACCUUUGGAGAAGAUUCAAAUUUAAGAUGAACUCUUGCCUUCAGUGYUACAUUUUUUGGCAAAUUCCAUCUACCUUUGCACUGAGUGUGCACUCCGUUGUGGAAAUUUUUCUUAGCAUCUAGGCUAAGGAGUUUAGACUGGAGGCAAAAUUCUGUGUAGAGUUACCUUUUUUCCUUUCCCUGAACAGAGGGAAAAGGGACAGACGGCCAAAUAUUUGGUGCUAUUCAUCAGUUGAGCAAGCAUCUCUUACAUGUUUUGUAAUAGUCUGGAAGAACAGAAUUUGUCCUCAUCUGUGCCCGUCUGUUGAAUGUUACAUGAUGUGUGGUGCUCUCCUAAGACUAAACUUUCUACCUGGGUCACUAAGUCAUCUUCAGAGGAUUUGCUUCCCAAACAAACACUAAUGCUCAACACUUGAGCUUUUCCUCUUAGGCUAUUAGUGUGUGUGGUGUUUUUUUUGACAAAACGUAAAUUUGGAGGUUUCUGAUGGCGCUGCAGGAGAGUCUAGAAAAAAUUCCACGUUCAGCAUCAUCUCUUGUUCAGGGAUGUGAAUGUUCAAGGUUCUCUUUUCUGCCUCUUAUUGGUUCUCUUGUAGUUGCUGUUCCUGCACUUCUCCUGUACUUUUAGCCGCUCCUGCAGUCACAAACUUCCAUUGAGAGAAUGCAGACAUCUCUAUUGGGCGAGGACGUGCUGGCUUAGCUGCCAGUGUCCUGUAACGUGCAGGAAAGGCCAACCUAUUUCUGGUUCUCAAAGAACAAGCCAAGCCCCUAUGGCUUAUGGCGCUCUUGAUUUAGUCUCUCACUAGUUGUGCCAAUGAAGGUUUUUCUCCUAAUCWUCAUUCUGUCAGUGAAAGACCUAGUAGACCCUGACUGUGUUCUGCCAAAGAAAUAAUAAGUUGUCAUGUUUCUAGCACACUGAUAGUGCUUGCUCUUAAGCUCUUCCCUUUUGCAGAAAGAUAAAGUGUAGGUGUAAAUCCAGCUUAAAACUAUGUCAUAUGAAGUGUAGGAGAAUGGAAGCUCUUAGAUAUGUAAUCUAAAAUCUCUUUAAAAUGUGUCAAGUGAAGUUUUAAGCAGCUUGCAGUAGCAAGGAAUAUACAGGAGAGUUGGUGUGUUGUGUUCAUGCUGAGUUAGAAUCUAACUUCUGACCUCAUUGCUAUGUUUUCUGAGGUAGAAUUUAACCCCCUUUUAUUGCUCCCUGARGUAAAUGGCUAGUGAAAUCCAGACCUGCAAUCUCUGUGUGAUUGUAACUGACUUUAUUUUUAAAUGUCUGUAGUUUGUUGUCUAAGGCUGUGAAAUCAAGUUACUUUAGAGUGAUAUAUAUACACAUACAUAUAUGUGGUAUACACAAGGUGGUAUGCAAUUGUGGAAUUAAUAGCACUUUCUUUUGGGAGUUACAGAAAGUUUUCAUAAAUUUCGCAGAACAUUUGACAUGUUAGUCUCUUUUAAAGGUAUUGACUUAAAGGUAGUCAAUAAAGGUAUUGACUUAAAGGUAGUCUCUUUUAAAGGUAUUGAGCUAUGUAUAGCUAUGCUGGACACAACUACAAGCAAUAGACUAUAAGAUCUAAGUAGUACCUAGUAUUAUAGUUGUUGUUUGCUGUGUAAAUACUCUGCAGCUUCGUCUCUUCCACCCUUGACCAGAUACAGAAAUGAGAAGUCUUUUAGUCUUGUUUCUGUCCAAGUUUUUGCUACUUCUUGCGAAGACCAGGAAUGUGC